AUGAAUUUUUCGGGCGAUCAAGACAGCGAAUACAGCCAUCUCUCGAUUGGCGUCCAGCAGCUUUCGCUGCGACAGAUUAAUCCAAAUCAUGGAUACAAUACCAAGAAACCGCAUUCUCGCAGCAAAAAGCACGGGAAAAGUAGCGAGGCAGCUCACCCCAUUGAAACACCUCUCGACCGCAUCAAACUCAAGACGGAUUCCGAUGCACAUUUGGCAGUUUUGAAAAAUGAAAACUAUCACUUGAAGCUGGAACUUACACAACAACGGCAGGAGGUGGAUAAUUUGCUGAAGCGCUUGAAAACAUCUGAAGCCAGCGUUGAAAUUGAUGCACCUCAAUGGCCUGUUUCUAACUCAAAAACAUCCGUUCUGGUGUCCCCCAAUGAAAUAAAUGACGAAAAUGACUCUCCUACGAGAUCACACCAUCCUUCUCUUUCAGAAUAUGACAUCGUCACACACUUCUCCGGCUCCCCUUACAAGGGAGAGCUGAUUUCAUCACCGCAAGACAUCGCGUCGCGAGCGAGUUCGUCGAUCACUCAUCUUCGCCGAAACAGUAGGUUCUUUAAGAACUCAGUGAUACCAUUCUUGCAGAAAACUCUCGACACUUUUCAGCACAGUGAGGUAUUCAAUGAAGAUGCUCACGUCUUGCGCAGAAACUUAGAUGCUUUCAAAGCACACUCAUCGACCGAUAAAGAUGCAAAAGUCCAGUUGAUGAUUAAUAUUCUGGAUGGUAUAAACCAUUUACAACAACAGUGCAUCGCAGUAUUGAACCGGGAACUAGAAAACAAACACAUCUCUCAUCGGCUUGAAUAUUUGUUUACUGUUUUCUUAGAUCCCGAACAGUAUGGACUGGUCCGCAAAGACUAUAGCGACACAUUGAAGAAAGAGUUGCUUGAUUUAAUGUUGGAUCUUCUUGCAUCCAAGGGCGAAAGUGCAAGUCCAAAAAAUCAAAAGACGCAAUUGAAGCAGACUGGUAAGCGGGAUAUUUCUAUGGUAGGCCACACCAAAUCAACGACAGGAUCGAAAAUUGAUAUUAAAAGCCAGAUUGAGAAGGUUCCAGCUUUACCACCUACUCCAAAGCUGGCUAAAAGAGGAAGCGUCAAGCCAAAAAAAGCUCUGGCGUCAAGUCCACGCGGCCCCCAGUCAAGGUCGCUAUCAUCUGCAGUUUUACCCUCACUGCCGCAAGCCAAACAUGACAAUGUCCAGGAAAGGCUCUUGGAAAUGCGUCAGGCUCACAAAUUCAAGGGCUCGAGUACUCAGACCACCAACAGCCAGUGGGAAUUUAUACCGAUUGGAUAUGACGAGAGUAUGUUGCUGAGACAAACUCCGGACCGACGUCUAAGAUUAAAUCAAAAGCGCAAUGAGAUUUUGCAGAGGACCCCGCUGGCUAUGACAUUCAAGGACGAAGGGGAGGCAGAAGCGGAUUUUGAUCCUCUUCAGGCAUAUUUUACCGAGUUUUCUGGUGACACAUUGGAUCAGGACGAAUCCACUGCAGAGGGUCACCAGUUGACAAAACAACGAGUGUGA